GAAUGGAGGAGAGAGAUAGAGAGACGCAACCACCUCGCAUUCACCUCCAUAAUCAAAGUGAUCAACUUCGCUCUUCCCCAUCGCCAUGGCAUCCUCAUCCCUCACCCUUCUCAACCUCUCCUUACCGUUCUCUUCGAGGCCGAUCCUCUUUCCGAGCACGAUCGGGCCGCUCGGCGUCGCGGCUCGCCGCCUGGAGAAGAGGCCGAGCGCGGUGGGGGUGAGGGCCGCGGGAGGCGGCGGCGGCGGCGGGGCGAAGUACAAGGGGACCCGGAUGAGGGAGAGGCGGCUGAGGGAGAUGAUAGAGGAGAAGGUGGCGGAGGCGAAGGAGGCGUGCGAGGGGGAGGAGGCGGCGGCAUCGGCGGAGUGCAGGGUGGCGUGGGACGAGGUGGAGGAGGUGAGCCAGGCGAAGGCCCACCUCCGCCUCAAGCUGGAGGUGCUGCGCCAGGAUCCCCUCGAGUCCUUCUGCGGGGACAAUCCCGAGACGGACGAGUGUCACGUCUACGGCGACGACGGCGACGUCGACGAGUGAUCGAUCGGUGACAUAAUGAAGAGCGGAUGUCCGCCGUCGGAUGGAUGUUGUGCCCCCGACCGUGAUUGUGGAAAAGCAUAGCGAACCGGACCCGCACGUGUGUAAUAUAAUUUUACUUUUUGGGUGUGAAUUGUGUAACUCGUGUUAAUCUCUUGUAUGAUUUACAUGAAAAAAGAGGAUGACGGUAGUCGUUUCUAUAUAGGAUAAUUGAGUUUUUGCAUUUCCACUGGA